UCCCGGAAGCGGCCGUCAUGGAGGAAGAGGAGCCGGAGCUGGAGGCCGGGCUGGAGGCGGCUCUGGAGCUGGCGCCGGCCGUGCAGGCCGCCAUCGAGCAGGUAUUUCCCAGCCAAGAUCCGUUGGACAGGGCAGAUUUCAAUGCUGUGGAGUACAUUAAUGCUCUCUUUCCCACUGAGCAAUCUUUGGCAAACAUCGAUGAAGUUGUGAACAAGAUCAGAUUGAAAAUAAGGAGGUUGGAUGACAACAUUCGGACUGUAGUGAGAGGCCAGACCAACGUGGGCCAGGAUGGCAGGCAGGCCCUGGAAGAAGCCCAGAAAGCCAUUCAGCAGCUCUUUGGUAAAAUUAAGGAUAUUAAAGACAAGGCUGAAAAAUCAGAACAAAUGGUUAAAGAAAUCACACGAGAUAUCAAGCAGCUAGAUCAUGCCAAGCGUCAUCUGACCACCUCCAUCACCACCCUCAAUCACCUGCACAUGCUGGCAGGAGGAGUGGAUUCCCUGGAGGCUAUGACCAGGAGAAGACAAUAUGGGGAAGUUGCCAACCUUCUCCAGGGUGUUGUGAAUGUCUUAGAGCACUUCAACAAGUACAUGGGAAUUCCUCAGAUUCGACAGCUUUCUGAAAGGGUGAAGGCAGCACAGAAUGAGUUGGGACAGCAGAUCCUGGCUGAUUUCGAGGAAGCCUUUCCUUCUCAAGGUACAAAGAGACCUGGUGGACCCAGCAAUGUCCUACGUGAUGCAUGUCUAGUCGCCAAUGUCCUGGAUCCCAGAAUCAAACAAGAAAUCAUCAAGAAAUUCAUUAAACAACAUCUCUCAGAGUAUCUGGUCCUUUUCCAGGAAAACCAAGAUGUGGCCUGGCUGGAUAAGAUCGACAGGCGUUACGCUUGGAUCAAGCGUCAGCUGGUGGACUACGAGGAGAAGUACGGGCGCAUGUUCCCUCAGGAGUGGGGCAUGACCGAGCGCAUCGCCGUGGAGUUCUGCCACAUCACCAGGACAGAGCUCGCUAAGAUAAUGCGCACAAGGGCAAAGGAGAUUGAGGUGAAACUGCUUUUGUUUGCAAUUCAGAGGACGACCAACUUUGAAGGACUUCUGGCUAAACGCUUCUCAGGUUGCACUCUAACAGAUGGGACAGUGAAAAAGCCAGAAGUGCCACUUCCCUCCACCAACCCAUUUCUGGAGGAUGAAACGGGGACAGAGACAGAUGAGAUUGUGAUCGAGAAAAGUGAUAUGGACAAACCAAAGAAGCCAAAGGUCCCUGACAAUCCUUUCCAUGGCAUUGUUUCCAAGUGCUUUGAGCCUCAUCUUUAUGUGUAUAUUGAGUCCCAAGACAAAAAUCUCAGCGAACUGAUUGACAGGUUUGUGACUGACUUCAAGGCUCAGGGUCCUCCCAAGCCCAAUGUGGAUGAAGGAGGAGCUGUCCUGCCCAGCUGUGCAGACCUCUUUGUGUACUACAAGAAGUGCAUGGUACAGUGCUCCCAGCUCAGCACUGGUGAGCCAAUGAUAGCUCUGACCACCAUCUUCCAGAAGUACCUUCGGGAAUACGCCUGGAAAAUUCUGUCUGGAAACUUGCCCAAGACAACUAGCAGCAGCGGUGGACUCACUAUCACUAGUUUGCUGAAAGAAAAGGAAGGCUCUGAAGUGGCAAAGUUUACUUUAGAGGAACUCUGCCUCAUUUGCAGCAUCCUUAGUACUGCAGAGUACUGCUUGGCAACCACCCAGCAGUUGGAAGAGAAACUCAAAGAAAAAGUGGAUGGAAGUCUAGUGGAGAGAAUCAACCUGACGGGAGAGAUGGACACUUUCAGCAUUGUGAUCUCAAACAGCAUCCAGCUGUUAGUGCAGGACCUGGAUGCAGCCUGUGACCCUGCCCUGACUGCCAUGAGCAAGAUGCAGUGGCAGAACGUGGAACACGUUGGUGACCAGAGUCCUUACGUCACCUCCGUGAUUCUCCACAUCAAGCAGAACGUCCCCAUCAUCCGUGACAACCUGGCUUCCACGAGGAAGUAUUUCACUCAGUUCUGUAUCAAAUUUGCAAACUCCUUCAUCCCCAAGUUCAUUAACCAUCUCUUCAAGUGCAAACCUAUUAGCAUGGUGGGAGCAGAACAGCUGCUGCUGGACACACACUCUCUGAAGAUGGUUCUCCUGGAUCUGCCCUCCAUUGGGUCCCAAGUGGUGAGGAAGGCUCCUGCCAGCUACACAAAGAUAGUGGUGAAAGGCAUGACUCGGGCUGAAAUGAUCCUGAAGGUGGUUAUGGCUCCGCACGAGCCCCUGGUUGUGUUUGUGGACAAUUACAUCAAGCUCCUGGCUGACUGCAGCACCGACACUUUCCAGAAGAUACUAGACAUGAAGGGCCUGAAGAGGAGUGAGCAAAGCAGCAUGUUGGAGCUGUUGCGGCAGCGGCUCCCGGCCCCCCCGUCCGGCACAGAGAGCGGCGGCUCCCUGGCGCUCAGCACCCCGACACCCGAGCAGGAGUCCUCUCGGAUACGGAAACUGGAGAAACUCAUCAAAAAAAGACUCUAAGUGAGCAGAAGGAAACUCUUGCCCAGGACUAGCUGCAGUGACUUGGAAGCAAAGGCUCAUCAGACUUGUGAUUGACACUGUGCUGCUGAAAAAUCCAUGUCCUGUCACCCCCGUGCCCGCUGAUCUCUGCAACGUCGUAUACCGUGGUGCCACAUCUCUGUUCAGACCAAGGGAGAGUCUGACCAAGGUGUUUGCCUUUAGACAACUGAGCAAGAGGGACAUCCAGGACAUUGCUGGGUCCAUGCAGUGGAGAAAAACAGAGGUACUUGGGAAGUCAGCAGCUUCAAAAACAGUUUAGGUGGAUUCAGAGAAUCUCUGGCUGUGAUAUGCUUGGUGUCACAAACUUCAGCCUGGCUGAGCUGCUGCAGCACUGAGUUUGGUGUCACUGCUCACUCCCUGUUGCAGAGCUGCUGUUCUGUGUCAUUAUUUAUUGCAGGGCAAGGGGAAACAAACCCCAAACCAUUGCCACCACCACAAAGGCCCCAAUCCUUUUAAGAGGAUUGCAGCUCCACAGAAUUAAUGAGGUGCCCAGGAGAGAACCCCAAAGCAGAUUUCUCCUCAGCUCCCAGGACAGCUGUGCAUAAACCACCAGUAAAACAGCAAGGGUAAUCAUUUUCAGAACAGGAGGAAAGGGCUGAAUUAACACCUUCUGCACCUUGGCAAACCACCUGCCAGCAAGCUGGCAGCCUUGGUCACUGUUCUAGCUUAAAGGCCAAACCAGACAUCUCCAGCUGGUUGCUGUUCCCUUGGGGUGUGCUGGGCUCACUCACCCUGAGGACAGUUCCUGUACCACAAAGAGCCAUUCAUGGAGCAUCUCUCAGACAGCUCCAGCCCCUUGUUCUUGCCUCAGCUGCGGCGAAGGGCUGUGACCCCUGGGCACCUUCACUGCCCUGCAAGGAGAGAUGCUGGGAAUGAUGGCUGUCAGGGGGAGCCUGGGCAUCUUGCUGGGAUAUGGGGUGUUUACAAUGCCCUCAGACUUCAGGAGCCUUCCUCUCCUCUUCCUCUGAGCUUCAGCUUGCACUGGUGCAUAAAGGAGGAGAACUGAGGUGAAAGAUGUUGGAUAACCCAGGUCCCCCUUCUCAAGGGACCAGCUCCUGCUGGCACCUGGCCACAAAGCCAGCGUGGAGCAGUUGGAGUCAGUUCAGUGGCCAUCUGCUCCCUGCCCCAUCAUGUGAGCUUCCCUGAGGAGUCCUGAGAGACACCACCUCAUCAUUAGCAAUGCUGGAUAUUUUCCUAGACUCCUCUGUACCCUUUUUGGGGGACUCUGAAGGCAUGUGGCCAGCCACAAAUAAUUGAAUCUCAUAUGGGUUUGGGGGCAGAUUGACCAGCUGUGCCUGCUUUAGUUUAACUCAAGCUUCACUUGCAUGUGCAGGAAGAAGACAUCCUGUACCAGUUUGGCAGUGAGGAGAAAUCACGCUGUCAGAUGCUUUCUUGGGAGGGCUGUGCUCCCCACCAGGUCAAGGUUGGGCCUUAGGUCUAUAUUUAUUAUGAGCUGUGCUCGCUGGGGGUUGGUACUCACUGCUGCACAGUACGUGGGUAUCAGACAAGCACCAGGAAAAUGAGCUCCAUCCACCCAAACCCUGAACUUCACUGGGCCUGAAGAGGGAGAAGGUGAAAUGAGAAAUCCCUGAGUGAGGCAGAGGCCUGGGUUCACACUGCAUCUGCCUGUUUGUGCUCCAGCACAUUUGUCUCUUGGGUGCAGGCUGCUCCCCCUCCCUCACCUCAGCCCCGUGGCUGUGGGAGGGCAGAUUCAGUGCCUGGUUGUUAAAAUCCCAUCCUCCCUUUGCACAGCCGGCACGUCUGCACUUGAACGGGCAGGAGCUGAUCCUAGGCACAAUGAAUACAUCCCCAGAGGUGAAAUCCUGCCUGGUCAGCUCUUCUGACAGGGCUCAGACCCACAGUGGCUGCAGGGAGCUGUGUGCUGACAGGUACAGCCACAGGAUGCAUUUUCAGGGCUCCCUGAGCUGCAGAGAGCCGCAGUGAGGUUGGUCACAGAGUAGCAGAACAACCUUUGUGGUAAGGGACAGCAGCUUCUCAUCACUCCAUCCCAUCUUCCCAAGUCUGCUGCUGCUUCACUCAUUUCCUCUCCUGAUUUCACCUCGGCUGACAAAAGAAGAGUGGUGGAAAGCACAUUGGGAUUACAGAUGGCUGUUCCCUGAGGACAGAUUAUCUCAAGAUGCACGUGCAGGAUGGUUCACACAUUAUGAAGUGCAAUAGCCAGGGAGGAAGGAACAUGGGUUUGCAGAGGUUCACUCUUCCCAGGGAGGGAUGAAUAACGUAUUUUAGAUUAAUUUUUCUUUGUCUGUGGGUGACACUAACUAAAUUACAAGUAGCUGAAGACGAUGUUCAAGUGAUCAUUGCCUGUCUUUCCCUGAAGGCUUCCUCUCUUUCAUUCUCCACAUUUCAUUCUGAGAAGAAGAGGAAAUAAAAGGAAGAAUUAAUU